UCAACUUUUCUGGUCCCGAGCUCCGGUCUACGAUUGGAACGUGGUCCAUCAUGAGUGAACAGCCGGCAACAGUGUGUCAGCAGGGCUGAUAUGUCAUUCAUAUGGAGGAUGAUAACCGUGGUCCAGGUGGAUUUUACACUGAAACACUUUACUGGACCUCUCAGUCAGUGUUUUAACCCAGCUGUUUUAAAUGUGGAACAUGUAAACGGCACUGUCCUUCACACAAACUGUAAUUUCUUUCAUAAAGCGAUUAAAAUGACACUUGUACAAUGUAGGGGCUUUUAACAAAGUUGAAUUUCCAAUAUGGUAGGAGAGGUUGUUGUUGUUGAGGGGAUUGUUGUCAUGUCCCCGCAGUGCCUGUAGUGGUGCUGUGAGGAGUCUGCUGUGGAGCCAACAAAAAUCCUCAGCAGCCAACCUACUGCUUAUAAUUUGCUCUGGAUAGCCUAUAUUUACAUGCAUCCUUAUUUCAAGAUAUACCGAGCUCGAUGAAGAUCACGGUUACUAUCCUAUCUGGACCAUCGAUGCAGAAAUAGCCUAGCUGAUUCUAAUAGACAUUUCGGCCGUCUAUCUGGAGCGAAUACCUUACACAGCCCAUACCAAUUCAAGGUAAGCCAAAUCGUAUACAGCCUCGGCCUUGAUUUCUGCGUGUACCGUUUCGCAGAGGCUUCUGUCGCCCUGGCGCUCUACUAGAGGCCGCUGUGCUAUCGAAGCUAUGAGGCCUUAUUUAUGACUAAUUUAUUUUAUAACUUGUGAUCUGACCAAAUGACUGUGCCUUGAGAUGUGAUACUUGAGAGUAAUGCCAUGUUUACAGUUUUAAGUCUUGUAGCCCUCUAAUGUUACAUUAUGUGGCUAUAACUCAUAUCGAUUAUUGCUAAGGCCCUCGAUGAUAGGCCUUAAGCCUCGUAUGUAGACCCUUUGUUUGAAAGUAUUUUGCCAUAAAUGUAUCAUGUUUGUAUACAUUAAAAUCCCACGACUGGGGCCGAUCAUUUAGUGCUUGUAUUUCACGAUUACGCUUGCAUUUUCUAAAUAAAACUAAACUGAAAAUAGACCUUUUAUAGUGAUGCCAUUUGCUUAUGUUUCCGUUUCCUGGUUAGCUACCGCCUACUAAUUUGUGUUUUUAGCUUUUAUAGCGUUUUAGCUUACUAGCAAAUUUGACUUUUCGUGUCUGGUCUAUGUCGAUAAUAUGUUAUUUCUGCCUGGAGAUGGAUACAGAUGUUUCUUAGGUAUUAAGACACGAGUGUAUGUUUCACGUAGAUACAUUUAUGAUGUCAUAUUAUAAAGUUUAACAUCUGUCUAUCGGCUCCAAGCUAAUGCUGGCAAGCUAGCUCCAUGGACUCAAUCGGUAGUCACGCUAGCUAAACCUGAUGUUGUCAAGGACAAGAGUCACGUGAUGUAUGAAGGCAAACACAUACACUUCUCAGAGGUGGACAAUAAGCCGUUGUGCUCCUACAGCCCAAAGCUCUGCAAGCAGCGCAGACUAAAUGGCUAUGCUUUCUGUAUCCGGCAUGUUCUGGAGGACAAAACAGCGCCCUUCAAGCAAUGUGAAUAUGUGGCUAAGUACAACAGCCAGCGAUGUACCAACCCCAUCCCCAAGUCUGAGGACCGCAGGUACUGUAACAGUCACCUGCAGGUUCUCGGCUUUAUACCCAAGAAGGAACGGAAAAAGAAACACGAUGCUUUGGAGGAAAUGCGCUCAAGGGCUCACCUGGAGUCAGUGGCCCUCAACAUAACUGUGCCCUCUCUAGCUCUGAAAGCUCCCAAUGGUCUAGAUGAACUUCCACCAUCUCCCCCCUGCACACGUCUCUUACCCCUCCCUGAUGGGGAACUCCUGGACCCUUUUGCCUUUUAUGAGGAUGACACAGAUGGGGAGGAGGUGGGUACUCCUCGGAAGGGCAACGCCAUCAAGAAGAAAUUACAGAGUCGGCUGGUGCUCAACCAGAAACUCUGCCAUGACACGGACCUCUUCCAGCCACCUCCUGAGCACUUUAGUCCCACCCCUGUCCCCCGUGUCCAUACUUCCUCGCCGCUCAACACACAUCUCCCACGGCAACAGUCAGGUCUUCUCCAGCCGCCACAGCACUCCAGCGUGACUUCCUUCAUCUUCCCAGGACAGCAGCAGGGUUUAUUAUGCAAUCCACCACCACCUCAGACGGUCAACUUUCUGCCUCCAGGGAUGCCCGCAAAUGCAGCACCCAGUCCAGUGCAGCCUUCUGGGCCAUCACUCAGCAGGAAAAUGCCUUUCACGGCUACUCACUUGCCUGUCACUUGCAAGGACAGUGGCACUAACAAUCAGCGGCAUGUGGUUGUCAUGCGCCCCACUGCCUUCUCACCUUCUGCAAGCUGUUUGGCCAGGUUGCAACAUCUGGUGCAGCUCUGUGCCAAGAGACACCGGGAGCAUGGAGACCUCUUUCCACAUCUAGGCUUGGACUGGUCAGAAGACAGUGCUGAUGAUGAUGAUGAUGAUGAAGAGGCAGAGAGAUUUGUUCAUUUUCAGACCUCUUGGAGACCACAGAAUGGGUUGGAAGACGACUGCGGUUCCUCUCGGAGAACACGGCUACUUAGGCUUUGCUCGUACCUCCAGGAGAAAUACAAGCACAUGUGCAGGCAGGAGAGGGCGAGUAUCCGCCAGAAGAGAUACCGCUAUGCCUUCCGCAAAGCCUUGCUGCAUGCUGCCAGUAACAACCCAGACUGUGCUGGGCAGCUGAUCCAGGACUUUGGUGGUGCCUGUCGAAGCUCUUCAAGUGUGGCUCCAGCAAAACAGCAGAACACGGAUACAGGGACCUGCACUGGCAGCACAAAGGGCCAGGCCUGCAACAACCGAGCUCUGCCCUUCACUCAACACUGCUUUCAGCACAUUCUGUUGAAUCGUUCCCAGCAGCUCUUUGCAAGUUGCACAGCCAAAUUUGCAGACGGUCAGCAGUGCUCCAUCCCCGUGUUUGAUAUCACGCACCAGACACCCCUCUGUGAAGAGCAUGCCAAAAAGAUGGACAACUUCCUGCGUGGGGAUGGAAACCGACGAGUGCAGCACCAGCAGCAGCAACAGCGAAAGCCACGUAAAAAGACCAAACCACCGGCGCUCACCAAAAAACACAAGAAGAAGAGGAGGAGAGGGCCGCGGAGGCCUCAGAAACCCAUCCCUCCAGCGUUGCCACAGGGGAACCUGGGGAUGCCUUCUACAAGCCUUGCAAUGCCCUCACAGGCUAGCAUCAGGAGCCCUUCAACUCCAGACCUAAGUACAGAGGAGCUUCCUGACGAUAUCACCAAUGAAAUGGCAGACAUUCCAAAUGACCUUGAGCUAAACCAGGAGGAUUUCUCCGAUGUGUUACCCAGACUACCCGAUGACCUGCAGGACUUUGACUUGUUUGAAGGUAAGAACGGGGAGCUCCUGCCCACCACAGAGGAAGCUGAGGAGCUGGUGCGUGCACUGCAGGCUAUGGGGUCCUACCCAGACUCUUUGGUGUGCCUGACCUCCAUGGGAGACCUGGCCCCAUCUGAAGGAGUGGACCACCGUGCCAUGACUGUGUUCCCCGGUCCAGUCCAGCCGGGGACCAUGGGGGAUCUGCUCAACAGCCGCAUCCCUACAGAGAACUUCACCAGCCUCGAGCUGGAGGACAAUAUACUGCAGUCCACUGGGGGACAUUUCCCCCCCUCGCCACCAUCUCAGCCCGCUAACCAGCCCCCGACGUCGUGCUCCAGCCUGACCUCAUCUUCCUCUACAGUAGCCCCCUCCACCACCUCCCUGCUCACUCAGACCUCCAUAGCGGAGCGAACGUUUCCACGCACGCACACAUCCCAUGUCCUGGCCAAGUCGGACGCACCCACAUCAUCUCCUCAAGGCAGCCACUACAGCAGUGAGCAUGUGCCAUCCCCGUACAGUGACCACAUAUCUUCUCCCCAUGCCAGCUCCUUCCAGACUGACACCCCUCUGCUGCUGGAAGUCCCUCUUAGCGGGGUACCAGGACCCCCACGCUCGUCAUGGAAUAAUCUCCCUCUCCCGCUCACCGAUCCCACGCAGUUUGGCAAUCUCAUAGGAUCAGAAAGUCAUCUCAUAUCCACCUCGCUGUCCACUCCCCCGGCCACCACCCACUCUGUGACGCUGCAGCCCAUGGCUGCCCUCUCAGCCAUGCCUCAGAGUGGCUUGACAGGUUUAACGACUCCCCCUGCCCCCUCGUCCUCCCUCCCAUCCUCCUCACAUGAUCUCCUGACCUCCACGCAGCCCAAGCAACAGCUCCCUCAGUUCAGUGCGGCCUUUGGCCAUCAGUUGGCCUCCCACAGUGGCAUCCCGAAAGACGUGCAGCCCAGCCACAGCUCCACAGCGCCCCCCGCUGGCUUCUCCAUAGUUAGUGCCACUGCUGCAAGUGCCAAUAGCACCACACCACCCUUCACACAAAGUAAAUGAGAGCAGGUGGCCUGCAGCGGCUGCAUGAUGGUCUGUGGACUCACAGUCACUUACAAUCCAGUCAACUGGCUUCUGAUUGACCACCCCUCUUUAUAUAAUACAUGUGUGCAAUGUGGUAAUAGUGCACUAUUUGAUAAUGAAUUUGCACAACCUCAGAUUCUUCUCAAUAUUUUCUAUUUUCGUCGUUUGACUCUGUAGCCAGACGGUCUCUGGAAUUUUAAGUCAGUGUGAGUCCACCUGUUUGAUGCCUUGUGGUUUCGUCAGCAGGGGGCUACAGCCAGAUUUUGCCGAUUUUUGUGACGAAAUAAACGGGUGAUAAUUGGCAGAAGGACCUUAGCAGAGAUUAUGUCACAGUGCUCAGAAUUCAUGGAAGCCUCAAUCAGUGGUCGGUUUGGUUUGCUUUGCCAGUUUAAAGUCCUGUCUUAAAAUGAUCAACUAUACCCUGCCUUGCUCAGAUGGCCAUUUUAUUUUUUUUAUUUAUUUUUAUUUUUCCACCUUUUUCGUACACCGCUUCUGUCAUCCCCUGAAAAACGAGUACAAGUUGUGAUGUUUGUGACCCAUUAUGUUUCAAGCUAUUUAACUUAUCAUGAUAUAGAAUCUUACUGAGUCAGAUUUCACGGUCACAUGACUUUACCAAAAUUCUUUUAAACAGCUGUUUUUAUAUUGUGUAUACUAUAUAUGUGCUCAUUUAUUUGUUUGCUCAGACGUCAAAAUCUCUGACCUCACCAUUGGUUGUUGGACUCUGAGUGGCCUAGUAGACACUUGAAGGUUAAAUAUAGUUUCUUAAAGCAAUAAACACAUUAACAUAA